AGUUCACGGAGGUAAAGCCAUACGUGAUCAAAACAAAGCACAAAUUUUAGCAUCGAACGAUGUAUGAUAUUUCGAUUCGAUAUAGUUGUGAAAAAAAUGUGAUGUUUACGUAAAUUAGUUGAAAACUAAGAAUAACGAUGACUAGAUAUGAGGAAUUGAUAAUAUGAUGUACAUCUAAAGGUUUCAAUGAAUUGUCAAAAGUUGAAUUGCGACUGUUGCAAAGCAACAAUUUAUUCUCUCAAUUUUUCGCGAUACUUCGAAUACAGACGAAUUAUAUAAAAUAUUCCUGUACUCAUGAAUUUUUCCUUGCAGCUAUCAAUUAUUCUAUAAUUUGUGUAAUUAUGGCUUCAUCUUCGAGAGUACUCUUGAACCAUAACCUCAAACGUUAUUUCUGCAAAACAACCGGAAAUUUCGGGAAAUAUGAAGGAAGAGAAGCCAGAUUUUUCAAAAAAAUGCUUAAUAAUGAUGUCGGCAAAAGAAAAUGGUACGUCAACAAAGAACGACCUUCCAAUCCUCUAUCAUCUAAUAAAUUAGUAAGUAAUCACGUUACUCGAAGGGUGAGUGUAUUGAAUAAACUUUUUAUGGAGCAUAUAACAGACUUGAUGGCUACGGGUGAAGCGUCAACGGAAUUGCUUGGCAGAAGCAUAGAAAUAACCCAUGUGCGAGUCACAAAUGAUUUCAAGCAUGUUCUCGUUUACUGGUUCUCAAAAUACGACAACAAAUUGUUAGAGACAGAAAAAGUUUUAGAAGAUUGUGCCUUCAGGCUGCGUCACGAAUUGACUCGAUUACAAGUUAUCGGUCGUGUGCCAUUGAUCAAAUUUGUAAAAAACAAGCAGCUAGAAGUUCUGGGUGAUCUUGAACAAAGAUUAAAAAUAGCUGAUUACGGAGAAGAUUUCCAAUCCACUGACCUACUGAUCCCACCUAAAGAAGAACUGAUACUUACCACGAAAUUACUGCCAGAGGUGAAAAAACGAAUUUUAGAAUCGGAAGAAACAGAGGAACCAGAAGCCGAGUGUGACGAGACGCUAUUCGAUGUUAAUCUACCACCGAUGAGACACGACGUAUUGGGUCUUGAUCACCAUGCAAUUAUGUCAAAGGUGAAGCAUUCACUGAAAAUGUCUCACGGGGGUGCAGAAAAUCGUCUCAGCAACAUGAUCACAUUUUCUCCUACCGGAAACACUAACAGAUUCGAUCCAUUAGCUUUUCAAACGACGAAAAGUGAUUCGCAGGCUUUCACAGAGUUUCUUAAGCAACGACAGCUGGAAGACAAACGUAAAAUGCGUCGUGAAAUACGUGACAUGGCUUUGUCAUUUGCGGCCGAAUUGCAAACUGAAGAUGAGUAUUGCCAGGAUGAAUUCGUACCAGAUGAAGAAGACGUUGACGCAUUCGAGGAUAUGAGUUUGGACGAUAUAAAAUGAUUUUAAUAAACAAGACUUGGACAUUUUUUUAACCGUCGAAAACAAUAAGAGAAAACUAACAGAAAUGUUGAGAUCGAAAAAAUGUUUCGUGCAAUUUGAUCGAGUGUAUGAUAGAGAAACUGAGUUAAUGAUUGGCUAAUCACGUGCUGCGAUCAACUGUAUGCCACAACAAAAGAAAAGCUACAAAAGAUCAAUGGAAAGCACUCGCCACAGACUCGUUUCAGGCGAAGAUCUAAAAUGCUGAACUGCCCGAAUAACAAAACUCAUUCGACUUUUAUGAAAAUUUGUAUUGAACAGUUUUUAAUGUCGCUAAAUACAAAGUAAAUUUUUUUAAUUCAGAAUA